AUGUCGCAAAGCGUCCAUCUCGUUGUCCUCGUCCACGGCAUGUGGGGCAAUCCGGAUCAUCUCGCAGAGAUGAAUAGAAUCAUCCAGGAGCAGCGAGCUUCUCAGCUGGGGCCUUCAGGCGAACGCUUGGUCACUCUGGCAGCGAAAUCGAAUCGCGACGGGAGCACAUACGACGGGAUCGACUGGGGAGGUGAGAGGGUUGCAGAAGAGUUGCUCGAUGAAGUAAAGCGUAUCGAGGCCGAAGACCAGAAGGUCACUAAACUGUCUGUGAUCGGCUACAGUCUCGGGGGACUGGUCUCGCGUUAUCUCGUCGGCGUCCUGCAACAGCGUAAUUUCUUCGAUAACGUCAAGCCUAUGAACUUCGUCACAGUCGCAACGCCACAUAUAGGCCUGGUGCGGUUCCCAUCUUUCCGUUCGCGCAUGUUCGCUUUUUUUGGCCCACGCCUGCUCAGUCGCACUGGUGAGCAGUUCUACGCGGUCGACAAGUGGUCCGCGUCAGGUCGGCCCUUGCUUGAAGUCAUGGCAGACCCGCAACGAAUCUUUUACCAGACACUAUCUUCCUUCGAGCACAUAUGCUUCUAUGCGAACGCCAUUAACGACACCACUGUUCCUUACCUCUCCGCCGCUGCAGAAACGGAGGAUCCUUUCAAAGAUUAUGUUAAAACUGGACUAGUGAUAGAAUUUGACGAGAUAUAUGCUCCUAUAAUCAAGUCGUACCGCUUGCCAGAUACCCCACCUCCCCCGCCGGAAAAGCCAAAACGAUUCUCCAAAGAAUGGUUCAGCGGGCUGCAGCCCAAAAUUCCGCUUCCUCCGAUCCUACGAGCAAACUUCCCAUACAACCUCAUCAUAUACAUGCUCCUUCCUGUCCUGUUACCCACUUUCAUGACCAUAGCAAUUGUUCGUCUUUCACUGGACUCGCGGAAGUCGCGUGGUAGAAUCCAGGUGCUUGAAAGCGACGAGUCCUACCGCGAACGCCUUGUCCAUCUGAUCGGCCAGAUGGAAAAGCGAAUGGAAGACGCUGUGGUAGAGUACAUGGACGACCCUGUACCUGUGGCACGCCGCGAUGAGCCCGCGAUGUCUGUGUCUGCUGCAACCCUGGCCGAGCCGGCGUCGACGAGCGGCGAGCAGGUCCAAGCGACCACAGCUACCGGGACGACGGGCAUUACCGAACAACAACGACGGAUGGUCAAGAACCUGAACGAGCUGCCGAACUUCGAGAAGAAGCUCGCGUUUAUUGAUCUGGUCCUGAACUCGCAUGCCGCCGUCGUUGCGAGGGACGUGAAGAAGUUCUCUUUCCAUACACGUGGACACGGAGUCCUUAGACACCUGGCGGACCAUUUGAUUCUCUGA